AUGAGGCCGGUGAGAGAAGGCGCGGCGGUGCUGGUGGGCGUCGGCGGCGGGGAGGCGGCGUCAGCAGCGGCGGCGCACACGCACCCGGAUCUGUGGAGAACGCCGACGCCUUACCUCUUCCUCGGCUUCGCGCUCAUGAUGGGCCUCAUCGCGGUGGCGCUGCUCGUGCUCAUCUGCACGAGCCGCAAGCCCUCCGGCUCGUCACGGCGCGGGAGCGGCGCCACGGCGGAGUCGGCGUCGGCGCGGGGAGCGAAGAUGGCGCCGCUCGACCGGGAGCCAAAGGUCGUCGUCAUCAUGGCUGGGGACCAGAUGCCGUCCUUCAUCGCCAGCGCCAGGCCGUUCGCUUUCGGUUUCGCCACCGUCGCCGUCGCUGAUGCCGGCGAGCAGCGCAAGGCGGAGGUGGCUUAG